AUGACAGCAUGUAACAGCACCAUUACAGCAUGUAACAGCACAAUGACAGCAUGUGACACCAUGACAGCAUGUAACAGCACCAUGACAGCAUAUAACACCAUGACAGCAUGUGACAGCACCACGACAGCACGUCACAGCACCAUGACAGCAUGUGACAACACCAUGAUAGCAUGUGACAACAUCAUGACAGCAUGUAACAGCACCAUGACAGCAUAUAACACCAUGACAGCAUAUGACACCAUGACAGCAUGUGACAGCACCACGACAGCAUGUAACAGCACCAUGACAGCAUGUAACAGCACCAUGGCAGCAUAUAACACCAUGACAACAUGUGACAACACCAUGACAGAAUGUGACAACACCAUGACAGCAUGUAACAGCACCACGACAGCAUAUAACACCAUGACAGCAUGUGACAACACCAUGACAGAAUGUGACAACACCAUGACAGCAUAUAACAGCAUGACAGAAUGUGACAACACCAUGACAGCAUGUGACAACACCAUGACAGCAUGUAACAGCACCACGACAGCAUAUAACACCAUGACAGCAUGUGACAACACCAUGACAACAUGUAACACCAUGACAGCAUUUGACAACACCAUGACUGCAUGUGACAACACCACGGCAGCAUGUAACAGCACCAUGACAGCAUAUAACACCAUGACAACAUGUGACAACACCAUGACAGCCUUUGACAACACCAUGACAGCAUGUGAUAACACCAUGACAGCAUGUAACAGCACCACGACAGCAUAUAACACCAUGACAGCAUGUGACAACACCAUGACAGCAUGUAACAGCACCACGACAGCAUAUAACACCAUGACAGCAUGUGACAACACCAUGACAGCAUGUAACAGCACCACGACAGCAUAUAACACCAUGACAGCAUGUGACAACACCAUGACAACAUGUAACAGCACCAUGACAGCAUGUGACAACACCACGACAGCACGUCACAGCACCAUAGUGUUAACGACCAAUGAAACAUUGGUUCCGGUGGCGCCAGGUAAACUAGGGGUCGUCAAGUCCCCUCAAAUGUCCCCAAAGACCUUGAAUUCAUGGCACGCUGGAUACAUAAGUAUUAUCAGCUGCUUGACGUGA